AUGGUCAGCGAAUUUUCUGGGACAGUCGACAAUCGACGGCAUGAUGAGCUGCUACAAAUCACACUAUCACAAAAUAAACCAAAAUCUGACUGUUCAAGUAACACCUCAACAUUAUCCGGUAGUGUCUUCCCUUGUAAAUUCGACAAAAGUUGGCAUCGUGAUGUUAUAAAGUACUUGUUCAAAGAGGGUUUUGUCCCCAAGGACAUUCAUGUCGACCUGCUUGCUACAUUAGGGGUUGGCGCUCCAGGUUUAUCAACUAUGCAAACGUGGGCAGCUCAAUGUAGGAGAAAAGAUAGUCUUGGAGAUGACCCAAUGUCUGCAUAUCCUGGAACUGCCACCAGCGUCGAAAACAUUGAUUGUGUUCACCUCAUGGUGAUGGAUACCACACGACUGACUAAAAUUCAAAUAGCCAAUUCUAUUAGCACAUACUGCGAGAAAGUUGAGAACAUUGUGCAUAAUGAACUCGGCAUGAUGAAAGUUUUUGCUCGGUCGAUGUCACAUGUUCUAACACCUGAUCAGAGUGCACUAGGCUGA